CUUCAAUGACAAGCGUUGCUGCGAUUAAAAAUAUUUGCAAUUUUAACCGCGUUUAGCAAGAGAUUUUGAAAUUUUGGUGGUACUUAUACUCGAAAUACUGUGGGACUGUCAAUUGGAAUGCUUUUAAACAAAGACAAUGUAAUUUGACGGGUAUUUUAAUGCUCAAAUUUUCAACACAACAAUUUAACAUGUCGUGUCUUUUGUGUAAAUAUUAAUCACUUGGUUGCCAGUUGCAGUGUUGUGCUGACAAGCCGCGCUUGUUCUGUCUAUAUCCUUUUCUUGGUGGUUUACAACUCUUUGAAUGAAUGUUUAAGGGUGCAUGGGGUAUUUUGAUUUAUUCUACGUUUGUGUAUAAUUGACAACAACAACAUUCAGUGAUGCGAAAUUUGAAGUUGCUUCGAAACAAGAUUGCUGCCUGUUGGGUGGUUAUUAUAUCACUGCAUUUGAUCGACGUUUCAACGGCAAGAAGAGCGUUCUAUAUUUACGAAGGAAAAGCUCCUGGUGAACUUGUUGGUAAUCUUAACACGAGUAUUUCAAUUGUUAUCCCAAAAGAAACGAAGUUUCGUUUUGAUUUCAGUACUGGAGUUAUAAAGUCUAAUGCAGCUUUAGAUAGAGAAGUAAAACCCUUCUAUAAUUAUACUGUAGUAACACAAACAGGAUCUACUAUCCAAGUGGAUAUAGAAGUAAAAGAUAUUAACGAUGAAUUCCCUACGUUUUCAACUCUCAAUAAAACAGUUGACAUUUCAGAGGCAUAUGAUGUUGGUCAUAUUUAUAACCCUGACUUGCGAGUGACUGACAAAGAUGUAGGUGUCAAUAGUAUACACAAUGACAGUGUAAGAAUUGUAUCUGGAAAUGUGGGUAAUGUAUUUAAGAUUAACCUCAAGAAACAGCACAGUUUCUAUGCAGUUUUUCUUGAAAUUGCCAAGAAACUCAAUUGGAGUGCUGUACAUAAAUACAAUUUAAACCUUUCAGCCUCAGAUAGUGGGACCCCAAGGAAAACAAGUUAUAUGGCGUUAACUGUUAUUGUUCAGGACUAUAAUAAUUGUCAUCCUCAGUUUUCAAGACAAACUUAUGUUGCUGACAUCUCAGAAAGUGUUAAGCCAGGGACUAAUGUUCUGAAUAUAACAACAUCUGAUUGCGAUGGUGGGAAAAAUGCUGAAGUCACAUACAAGAUGAAUUAUAAUUCAUAUUAUGAUAAAGAUCGGUACUUUAGCAUAAGGCAAGAGAACCGCAUUGGAUACAUUGAAACAAACCUGGAGUUGAACUAUGAAAAAACAAAGAUCUACAGAUUACAGAUCAUUGCAACUGAUAAAGGGACCAAAUCAAAACAGAGUUCAGCAGAUGUAACUGUUUUUGUUCGGGAUGAAAAUGACAAUAGUCCUGAAAUUGGUGACUUUCAGUUCUAUCCCAUUAAUGAAGAUGCUAAAGUGAACUCUCAUGUGGCGAAAAUUGAAAUUCAUGACAAAGAUUCUGGGGAAAAUGGUAAACUAAAUGUAAGUUUGGAUCCGAUGAGUGUAUUUUCAAUAUCUAAAAUUCCACAAGAUGCUUACUAUGUGUAUUUGAAAACAACAUUGGAUCAUGAGAACAGAAAUACCUACUAUAUUAUCGUGACUGCAACAGAUAAUGGCAAACCACCUCGAACAUCUAAGAAAGCUGAAACACUACUUGUUGGUGAUGUGAACGACAAUCCUCCGAAAUUUGACCAAAAUGUCUACACUGGUGAUGUCUUGGAGUCCGAAAUGCCUGGCACUUCUAUUCUCAAUGUUACUGCUACAGAUAAAGAUUAUGCUUUGAAUAUAACAUACCAUAUUUUGUCAACUAAUACAUCAUGGUUUGGCAUUAAUUCAGCAUCUGGUGUUAUUUAUGUUGCCUCUUUCAUUGACCGGGAACAGUCUGAUAAAGCUUUUCUUGUUAUCCAAGCAUUUGAUGGUAAGUUUACAGCGAACUGUACAGUUGUUUUCAGAAUUAUUGAUUCAAAUGAUAAUGCUCCACUGUUUUCAAAACCACAUUACAUAAUGACGGUGCUUGAAAACUCGUCACCUGGAAUGCUUGUGGGUAAAGUCGAUGCAUCAGAUGUUGAUCUUACUUCAAAGGGGCACAUCUUAUUUGCUCUUGGUUCUCAUACUAGUACGAACAAUGUAUUUACAAUCAACAACACUACUGGAAAUAUAACUACAAUUAAAGAACUAGAUCGAGAAAACACUGAUAUGUACAAUUUUAGUGUUUUUGCACGUGAUGAGGGUGGUUUACAGAGUAAAGCAAUGGUAACAGUUAUAGUGGAUGAUGUAAAUGAUAACCGACCAUUUUUUAAAAAUAACUUUUACAAUUACACUGUUUAUGAAAAUAUUUCUAUUGGUACUGAUUUGGUUAAAAUUGAAGCAGAGGAUUAUGAUAUUGGCUGGAAUGCUCAAAUCUCUUACGAAAUCAUUUCGGGAAAUGAUGAUGGUACAUUUGAUCUGGAUAAAAGUAAUGGUCAGAUUAGUCUACACAAAGCAUUGGACAGAGAAAAGGUGGAUAGGUAUGUUCUCAAUUUCCGUGCUAUAGAUAAUGGUGGUUUAACAUCACACAAGCUUGCAACUGUUCAAAUUCUAGUCAAAGAUGUAAAUGAUGACCCCCCUGUAUUCCAGAAAGACAAGUAUAGUUUUUAUGUUAAGGAGAACGGUAGUAUAUCAGUUUUUGUUGGUACUGUGUUGGCAAACAGCUAUGAUCAAGGGUCUGGUGGGAUAAUUAGUUAUUCUAUUAAGACUUUGGAUUCUCAGCAACAUUUUUAUAUAAAUGAUUCUGGUGCAAUAUUUACGAAGGCUAAACUAGAUCAUGAAGUUCAAUCUAAGUAUGAGUUAUUGGUAGAAGCACAAGAUCAUGGUAAUCCUGCUUUGUUUGGUUAUGUCAAUGCAUCUGUAACUGUUAUUGAUAUUAAUGACAAUUUUCCAGUUUGGAUAGAUUACAGUCAUUGCAUUGAACUUGAUGAAAAUCAUCCUGUUGGUGAUAAAGUCCAUGUUUUCAAUGCUUUUGAUAAAGAUAGUGGCUUAAACGGUAAAGUCACAUACAGUAUUGUAUCUGGACCAGACUCAGUGUUUAACCUUAAUUCAGCAACAGGCUAUUUAUUGUUGAAUAUGCCUGUUGAUUUUGAGCAAGUACAGUUGUAUCAGUUGACUGUGAAUGCAUCAGACUCUGGAAAACCAGUCUUGUGGUCAUUGUUACAUGUUAAUAUUUGUGUUAUUGAUGUUAAUGACAAUGUUCCAGUUUUACAUAAUUCAAGUGUCAGUGUAAAUGAAGAUCUCCCUGUCAAUGCGCUGAUUUAUACUUUUCAUGCUGUGGAUAAAGACAGUGGGAAAAAUGGUAAAGUAUGGUAUAAAUUUAGUGACAGUAUUCCACCAAGACAUUUUGAGCUGAGCCAGGAUGGUAAUCUAACACUUAAAUCACCAUUGGAUAGAGAGACACAAGUUGAACAUGAAGUGUGUAUUAUUGCUGGAGAUCUUGGCACUCCAAUCAGAACAUCAACACCUGCAAAACUAACAAUUUAUGUCCAAGAUGUGAAUGAUGAAAUACCUGUAUUUACAAAGAAGUUAUCAUUUUUGACAACAGAAAAUAAAGUUGCACUUAUUGGGAAGGUUGAAGCAAAUGAUCGCGAUCUUGGUAAAAAUUCGGAAAUUGAAUAUAGCUUGGUUAACUCCACUGACAAUUUUGAAAUUGAUUCUGGAACUGGCGAACUUCGUAACAUUGUUGAACUUGAUAGAGAAAAAUUUCCAAUCUACCGGGUACAGGUGCAAGCUUCAGACAAGGGAGACCCACCGAAAAGUAGCAGAGUAACUGUUAAUGUUCAUGUCCAGGACAUAAAUGACAACCCUCCAAUUUUUACCCAAUCCCCAUACCGUGUCAGCAUUCCAGAAAAUGUAGUGAAAGGAACAAAAGUAGCACAAGUUAUAGCUCUGGAUAAGGAUGAAGGAAAAAAUGGUGAGGUCAGCUAUUACCAUAAUACUGGAAAUACUCAAGGUGGUGUAGAGGUGUUUCAAAUCAACAAGACAACAGGAUUUAUCUAUAUUGUUGCAUCUCUUGACAGAGAAAUCAAGGAGUUAUUUGUUUUGAGUGUAGUAGCAAAAGAUAAAGGUAGUCCUCUUAAAGAGUCUGUAUGUCAGGUGCUUAUUGCUGUUCUUGAUGUAAAUGACCACAAACCAGAAUUUAAGGUAAAAAAUGACACAAUCUAUAUAUCAGAAAGAACAGCUAUUGGUUCCAUUGUGUAUUGGGCCAAUGCAACAGAUCAAGAUAAAGAUGAGAAUGGGAAUAUAACAUAUUCCCUUGUGAAAGUAUCUGGAGAACAAAUCUUCAGGAUAAAUGCAAAAACUGGGGCAGUCAUUCUGAACAAAACGCUUGAUUAUGAAGAUACCAAACAGUACAGUCUUCAGAUUAAAGCUUCCGAUAAAGCUAAAGAAAAUCCCAAGCAAAAUAUUCUUAGACUGUAUAUCAAUAUUCUUGACUCAAAUGAUAAUGGCCCUAUAUUUGAUGAAAAUCCAAUUUUCACAUAUGUCCUUGAAGGUGUGGCACGGGGGAAAAAAGUUCAUAAACCUAUUCUUGCUCGUGACAAAGAUUCAGGAAUAAAUAGCAGGAUUGUGUACUCUAUUGAAAGUCAGUCACCUAAGGCUGCUUUUAAAAUUGAUCCAUUUAAAGCCCAGUUAAGUACAGAUGUGGAAAUAGAUAGGGAAGAUGUUAGCGAAUAUAACCUAGUUGUUAAAGCUGUGGACCAGGCUGGAGAAGUUUCAGAACAAAAAUCCAACACAGUCACUGUGAUAAUACUUGUAUCGGACGUUAAUGACUGUCAUCCCGUUUUUACUUCUCGAAAUAAGUCAUUUAUAAUGGAAGAUGAACCAGUAAACUUUACAGUUUUCUAUUUCACAGCUGAAGAUAAGGACUUAGGUCAAGCUGGCAAUGUGACGUUUAGUUUGGUAGAAGGAAACGAACAUGGGAUAUUUUAUUUGGAUCCUCAUUGGGGCUCCUUAAUCCUGUUGAAACGACUUGAUCGGGAAAAGGUUGAUUCUUAUCAACUAAAGAUUAAAGCUUCAGAUCAAGGGUCUCCUCGCCCUUUAUCUUCAACGAUAACCUUUACACUUUCUGUGGAAGAUGUAAACGAUAAUUUGCCACGGUUUUUGCAUUACAUUUACCGGGUGAAUGUAUCGGAAAAUAUAGACGUUGCUCAUGUCUUGAAAGUUAAAGCUACAGAUCUGGACAGUGGUCAGUUGACAUAUAGUCUGCCUCCUGGAUUUGCUAAUGAUCAAUUCAUUAUAAAUGAAUCAACUGGUCAAAUAACAACAAACUCUCCUUUGGACCGAGAAAAGCGACAAGUGUAUGAAUUAACUGUAUAUGUACAAGAUAAAGGUUAUCCUUUGUACACUGACAGCACAACUGUGAUAAUCAAUGUAACAGAUAAAAAUGACAACGUUCCUAUUGUGUUACACGACUUUUAUGAAGUUAAAGUACUUGAAAAUAGUCCUGCUGGGUAUGUUUGUUCAAUAAUCGCUCAGGAUUUUGACACAGAAAUGAACGCUCGGUUACAAUACAGCAUUGAAGAAGGGGAUAAUUUUAAAUAUUUUGAGAUAGAUAAAAAUGCUGGUACAUUAUCAACAGUAUCACCACUUGAUCGUGAAUCCAGUCCAGUGUAUGAUUUAAUUAUUAAAGUUGAAGACCAAGGCCGUCCUUCUCUUUCAAUUAAAGUGAAGCUUUUAGUUAUUGUCCUGGAUGAGAAUGACAACAAUCCUAAAUUUAGCCCAAGUGAAAGAAAUAUUCACCUACCAGGCGGUAGUCAACCAGGAACAGAAGUUGUAACUUUAAUAGCUAAUGAUGACGACGACGACUCUAAUACAGCAAUAACGUAUAGUUUUGCCAGUGAACAACAAAUACCAUUCGCUUUGGAUUCCACAAGUGGUUUGAUUUAUACUUUGAACUAUUUAAAUGCCAGUGAAGUUGAUACGUACACCUUUUCUGUAAAUGCAAGUGAUGGCAGUAAAUCCGGAGUCCGUUUUGGAUCAAUUAAAGUAAACGUUUCUGUCGACCGUAUCACAGGGAUUCCUCUACGAUUUACUAAAGUUUUGUACGAAGUAGAUCUUAAGAGUCAAAUUAAAGCUGGUAUAGAAAUUUUGCGACUCCAAUUAAAGAAUAAACAUUUAAAGCCAGGUCAUGUUGAAUACAUUCGCGAAGGUGGACAAAAAGUUUUAGCUGUUGGUCAAACCAGUGGAAAUGUGAGUUUCACAGAAGACCCAAGGCCUGGCGCAUACUUAUUUAGUGUUAGAGCAACUUUAGUCCAUGAUCGAAGUAUGACGGCGGUCUGUUUUGUGCUUGUUACGGUUCAACGUACUAUCCGACGUCCAAGCUUUUCUCACUCAUCCUAUAGUGCAACGUUAAACGAGAACGAUCUACCUGAUACUCCUAUACUCACACUAAAACCUUAUACUUUGGGAAAUGUAUCCUAUCAAAUCGUUAAUGGCAAUGCAUUUGACGCGUUUAAGAUUGGUUCCAACGGCGAAGUAACUGUGAAGAAAGCUAACGCUUUGGACUACGAGAGGUCGCGUAGUUUUGAGUUAGACAUUAAAGGUGAUUGGGGAAACACGGUUACAAAUAUUGCAUUCACGAAAUUAUACCUAACUCUGCGUAAUCUCGACGAUAAAGCUCCUGUAUUUAGGCAGAAAGUAUUCAUAUCAAGUAUUCCAGAAACAGAAAGUAGUGUGACAUCGGACAAUCGAUUUGUGACCAAGUUGCUUGCGUUUAAUUUCGGCAACUCGCAAAUGUCGUUUAGUAUUGUGUCUGGUAACAAAGAAAGUGUUUUCUCGUUAGAUUCAUUUACUGGUGUAUUAUCCCUUCGAAAAGCUGUUGAUCGCGAAGAUAAAAACUUCUAUAAUUUAACAAUCGGUGUUAGUGCUAGUCAGCUUUCUUCCCAUUGUAGUGUACUUGUGUUUAUUACAGACGUCAAUGACAAUUCACCACAACUACCUGGGAGUAUUAACCUUACAAUAUUUGAGAACAGUCCUUUGGGGAGUCGCGUGGGACAGGUGAACGCUACGGACAAAGAUGAAUAUUCAGUACUUACGUAUAGUUUUGCCGGUAACACACAACGAAAUGGACCUUUUGUUAUUGAUCUUCACACUGGAAUUCUGCGUUUAGUUGAUGUAGUUGAUUUUGAGACUAAGCCGAAUUUGUACACUGUGGAUGUAAUUGUCAGUGAUCAGGUAUAUGUAGCGAACAUAACGGUUUUUGUGACUGUAUUGGAUGAGAAUGAUCACAAGCCAGUGUUUGAGAAAUCAUCGUACAGUGUUAAACGUAAAGAACCUAUUUUCGUAGACACCCAAUUGGCUCGAAUUAAUGCAACGGAUAAUGAUCAAAGAGACAAUAAAAGAAUUACGUACAACAUCACCUUAAAUGACGAGAUAGGAAUAAAUCCAUACAGUGGAAUAGUUUUCACCAAAAAGGAAAUCAUGUAUAGUAAGGAUUUUAUUGAUCUUAUUAUCACUGCAACAGAUCAUGGUUCUCCCAAACUAUCCUCUCAAGUCCCAUUCCGUCUACAAAUUUUAUAUGUGAACAAUAAACCUGAUUUGGGCACUGUUCCUUACGACGUAACGAUAUCGGAAGAUAUAGAAGUUGGGACUGAAGUAGUUAGAAUAAAGCCUAUAAAUUCUGAGUCUUUAGCUGAUAAGAAAAGAAUUUCGUUUCAAAUACUUAACGGAGAUGAAUUAAAAAUGUUUCGAAUCGAAGAACGGACUGGUACUAUUCGCGUAAGAAGACAAUUAGACUAUGAAAAUACAGACCUGUACAAUCUGGAUGUGAUAGCCAAAGGUGGCAGCAAAUCACAUGUUUCUGAUCGCAUAAAAGUCCGUAUUAAAAUUGCCGAUGUAAACGACAACGCACCGGUAUUUCAGAAAAAUAUGUAUUAUGUGAAUGAUUCAAUGUACGAGGAAUCCAUAACUGAGAAUGUUACGCCGCCUCGUCUUGUGUUAAUUGUACAGGCAACAGACAAGGACAAGGGACGUAACAAAGAUAUUAAAUAUUCAAUCAGUUCUGGAAAUAAUGAUGAAUGGUUUAAAAUGAAAUCAAAGAAUGAAAAAGGUGAAUUGUGGUUGGUCAGUCCUAUAGAUCGUGAUGUUAUUCCAGUACAUCGACUCUCUGUGAGAGCAACAGAUCAAGGUAAAUAAUUGUUUGUUUCUACAAUACACUGUUGUAUAUGGAACAUGAUGUUUCAUGGCAGCAUUAAUAUGACAUGUAACACGGAAUCGCAGGGCUACUACUGUAUAGAUAUGUUAGUUAUAGCUUUCGCCCGACGUUUACAUUAACGUAAAUCCCGGAUAGCUGUGUCAACCAUAGAGAUUAUAAAAGAAUAUAGUGGGCAUUGCGGG